AUGAGAGCGUGUGUGUUGCUGAUCUUGGCCUUGUUUGGUCAAUCGGGCGCGAAACUCAAAGACAUCAAACUCAAAGAGAAGAGCUCCAAGACAGCCUCCUCCCUGAACCCAACGGUCUACGAUCGGGAGCCCGGGCUCUCUGGUAAGGGUGUGAUGGCGGGGAGCCUCUUGACGCCACCGGUCCUGGAAGAGCAACCUUCCACCCCCUUUGUGUUCGGUGACAACGUUAACCUGGGCUGGCUGGCGUGGAACCAGUCGCUGCCCGACGGCGCAGUGGCCAUCUACAACGGCUACACUGAGCGCACCGACUACGUCUGCAAGCACCAGUGCGAGGCGGGCUUCUACAGCCCCAGCCUGGGCCCCUACUGCCACUACCCCUACGCGGACCGUGGGUACCGGGCUGCUGACUUCCAGGUCCUGGUCAACAAGGACAACUUUGAGUUCCUGGAGUGGAAGAAGGACUCAUACGGAUCGGUGCCCAAAGACUCAGUGCGGACCUGCUCUGGCGUGGACAUCUUCGUGGGGAAGAACAAGUACGGCCUGGGCAAGGUGGUGAGCCUGCAUGAGGCCUUCUUCCUGCCCUGGGAGGGAGACGAGUACUGGUACAAGAAGUACCAGGCUGUGGUGUACGCCCUCAACGACGCGCAGAUCUCCCAACACCCACCGGAGACCAUGCGCAUCUCAGGGGUCACCAACAACGAUUGCCAGACAGUGACCAAGACGGUGACCAUCUCCAAGAGCACAGAGACCGAGACCACCUGGAACAUCGGCCGUGGCACCAUGCUUGGCGUGAAGGGCAGCAUCACCGCCAAGAUCCCUCUGCUGGGCUCCGGCGGCAUCGAGCUGGGCGGGGAGAAGACCCUCCAGUUUGACCGGGGCACCUCGGUGACGGAGGGCAUCAGCCACUCUGUCUCGGUGGAGCUCAGCGUGCCGCCCAACCACUCCUGCCACGUGCGAAUGGAGGGCCGCAAGUUCACCGCCGACAUCCCCUACACGGCUCACCUUAGCCGCACCUACCAAGGUGGGGAGACCCAGUGGACCUCUGUCUCUGGGACGUACGACGGCGUGCAGAUCGGCGAGGUGCGGGCGGUGGUGGACCGCUGUGAGGCGGUGGUGGACGCCAAGCCCUGUCCCUGA